AUGAUGCUGGCCAAAGAAGUUUUAGGCCCCAACUCCGGAUGCUACACGAUUAAAGUGACGAAGCAAACACAAAGCUCUGCGGAAUGGGGCUAUUCGGUCAAGUUUGACAGCCCGAACGCUGUUGACGGAGUGACACUGAUGGAGAAAUUCGACCAAAACGACCACGCUCUUCUCGUGUGGACGUCGAUGAUGGUGGAACCUGAAGGGAAACCGUUUUUCACGUCGCAAGGAUGGAUCUCGGUUAAAAAGCUGGCAAGCCUCGAUCAGGGCAACCCUGACGGUGAGUCUGUCGUUCGGAUGUAUAGUCGACUGGCAGGUCGAAACUUCGGCAUUCAAUGUGACAGUGACAAGGUCGACAUUCCAGUUGCCAGGAAGCACCAGUUGAUGGCGAAAUCUAGACAGGAGCGCGUCCAGCUUAAGAUUCUGGAGCAGGCAGAACUACAGAGUUAG